CUGCGCACUAGGGGCCAAGAUGGCGGCGCCCGGUGGGCUGCAGGAGGAGGCGCUGAAGAGGAAGGAGCGGCUGAAGGCUCUGAGGGAGAGAACCGGGGCGGCGGCGGCGGCGGCGGCCAGGCAGGUCGGCUGGGGGAGCGGAGCGGGGCGAGGGGUUAAGGGCGGCGGCUCCGGGUCCGAAUGGAGGGAGGGGAGCAGGGCCGAGGCCGGCCUGGCGUGGUGGGAGAGCAGGAAGGCGGCCCUGGUGGAUCGGGCCCCGAAGCCUCCCCUCAGCCCUGCGGAUCUCGAGGGGGAGGGGCGAAUGACCGUCCCUGCCAGGUCACUUUUUGUCCCCCCCCAAAUAAUUUUUAUUUAUUUUAUUUAUUUAUUUAUUAUUUAUUAUUAUUAUUUUAUUUUAUUAUUUUAUUAUUAAUUUUCUACUUAAUAAUAUAUCACCACAUCAAUGUUUUCCACUUUACCUCCCUGGCUCCUAUUGCUUUAAGCAGGCUUCCUCAAACUAGGCCCUCCAGAUGUUUUUUUGGCCUACAACUCCCAUGAUCCCUAGCUAGCAGGACCAGUGGUCAGGGAUGAUGGGAAUUUGUAGUCUCAAAACAUCUGGAGGGCUGAGGUAGAUGAAGCCUGGUUUUAAGUAAUAAAACUGCUCCUUUUAUGGGGUACCCAAGAGAGUCCUUUUGUAGGUUCUCUAUUGGUAGGAGAAAAUAACAGAGGCCAACCAGAGAAUAUUGAGAAGCAAAGCAGCUAGGAAGCCUGAUCUUUAUUGAACUGUUGCAACAGGGUCCUCACCUCCCCCCCCCCCCGUCCCCAACGCAGGAGGGAGGAGAGGAACCCAGAACAAAGGUGUGCAAGCCCUUAUAUAGACAUUUUAAACUGCCCACCCUGGAGUCCAAGACCACCCGCAGAAACAUCAUACAUACAUCACAGAAGGAGUGUAGCCCAAUUCCACCCCCCAGGUACAUCAUACCUACAUCACAGAAAAGUUGGUCUACAACAGAAAUCUGAGUGGGUUGUUUUUACCCUGUCUGCCAGGUUACCAAAUAAAAAUUAAAAAAUCCUUCCAGUAGCACCUUAGAGACCAACUAAGUUUGUUACUGGUAUGAGCUUUCGUGUGAAUGCACACUUCUUCAGAUACUACCAACACGGCUACCUUCCUGUUGCUGGUCACUUUGACUGGAUUACCUGGGGAGUCUGGCCAUUCUUUUGUAAUGAUAAUACUUAAUUCCUGAGCCAGGUCACAGGCUCACCCUAUUCACACCUUAAAUGUGCCCUUAAGGCAGGAUUUGUGAGGACACAGAGGAUGGGGAGGUUUCUGCAUUUCCUUCAACCUUGCUGAGAAAUAUUUCAAGUGACUGAAAGAGUCAAAAUGGUUUUAGGACUUUUCCUGUGGGUUUCAAACAUGUGGUUUUAUAUAUUUAUAUAUGUGUUUGCUUGGUACAUUUGUGAACGUACUAUAUGUACAUACAUAUAUAUAUGAAUGAUGUAAACACUAUCAACUUCCUUCCCUCAUGAUUUUCUAAAUUAACUUUUAUAUCAGUGCUUAGGGAUGAUGGGAGUUGUAGUCCGUCAACAUCUGGGGACCCAAGUUUCUCAAGUCUGCAUUAGUGGAAGGAUUCAUGCUUGUGUAAUGGCACAUGGCCACUUUCCUCCCCCAGGGUGUGCCCCAGGGCCUCCCCAAAUAUGCUCUGAAGGAAGGGGGAACCCUCAGAACAGAUUUAGGAGGUUUGUGGGGGGAAGGAAAUAUGGGAAGUUUUACAUGCAGAAAUCCUUGUGUUAACAGAGCAAGUGGCUAAUGCUAAUUUGGAUACGAAGUUGCGAUUCCUUUUGGAAAGCAGGUGUGUUUAUUUGUAAGACACACAAAAAAAGAUUGCCAAAUCAUACAUACAUAAUUUUAUUUGUAAGCCACCUUUCCACAGCUCAUACCACGCUCAAGUCAACUUGCAACAUGAAAAUAAACAUAACUACAAUGUAACAAAAGUAGUCAUUAAAAAUAUGCAGUUAAACUGAACAGUUUGCACAAAAAUCACAACAAUAUCUGUAAUAAAGAUUAAAAAAACCCACAAACAAACUUCAACAACCCAACCCAAGAGUCUUUUCAGCAUCAGCUUUUGUAGCUGGAUUCAGUCAGAGUCCUGCCCUUCCAGGCCAAGUGAAAAAGACCUGCAGGACAGGAGCAGACCCUCAGGUCUCACAGCCAAGAUGGUUUUCCACAUGAUACUGAAUUAAAAGGGUCCUUACUCUGAUGUAUGUACAUUUAAAGGGAUUCCACACAGAUGAUGCAGCAGAUUUGUGGUUUUUCGGUUGCUUUACAGGGAAUGACCAAAACUCACAAGUUAGGGGAUUUUGACUGGUCCUGAGAGAUCUGCAUUGGCUCCCAGUACGUUUCCGAGCACAAUUCAAAGUGUUGAUGCUGACCUUUAAAGCCCUAAACAGCCUCGGUCCAGUAUACCUGAAGGAGCGUCUCCACCCCCAUCAUUCAGCCCGGACACUGAGGUCCAGCUCCCAGGGCCUUCUGGCGGUUCCCUCAUUGCGAGAAGUGAGGUUACAGGGAACCAGACAGAGGGCCUUCUCGGUAGUGGUGCCCGCCCUGUGGAACGCCCUCCCUUCAGAUGUGAAGGAAAUAAGCAGCUAUCUUAUCUUUAAAAGACAUCUGAAGGCAGUCCUGUUUAGAGAUGUUUUUAAUAUUUAAUGCUAUAUUGUUUUUAACACUCAAUUGGGAGCCACCCAGAGUGGCUGGGGAAACUCAGCCAGAUGGGCGGGGUAUACAGUGGUGCCUCGCAAGACGAAAUUAAUUCGUUCCGCGAGUUUUUUCGUCUAGCGAAUUUUUCGUCUUGCGAAGCACGAAAUCCCAUAGGAAUGCAUUGAAAUUCAAUUAAUGCGUUCCUAUGGUCAAAAACAGUCCAAACAAAGCCAAAUUUGGUACAACAAGAGUUUAUUAAGUGCUCUUUAAAGUCACACAUACUGUAAAGAGCACUUCAAAAAUUGAAGGAACAAUAAAUUAAGUUUCUAAACAUGACAGAAAAACAUUUAAAAAUCAACAAAGUGUACAGUACAUUUUCUAAGACUCUGGGGGACAACUCGAAGAAGGUUCCUCUUCCACUCUUUGCUUCUUGCUGAAGAACCCCUCCUCAACUGUUCCUCCAGCCAUCCACCACACAGAAAUUCAAAUCCAGAUUUUUUUUAAAAAAAAAGCAGAGUGGCCCAAUGGUCACAGAAAAUCAUAAAAAUGCAGAAAAAACACACACAAGCUUCCAGAUUCUUGCAAACCCCUCCCCAACACCAAGUCCUUGAAUUCCAAACGCCCCAACCCAAAAUCCAAAACCCCCCCAAAAAGUUUUAAAAGUUUAAAAGAAGUUUUGGAAAAGCUUCAGAAAUCACCAAAGUCUUCAAAAACCUCAAAAAAGGCUACCACACCGCGUUCUAUGAGUUGCUCCUCGAAGUCAAGUCGCAACUGUAUUAACGGUGUUAAGAAAAAGGAAACAAACUUGCAAGACGUUUUCGGUUUUUGUCUUGCGAAGGAAGCCCAUAGGGAAAUUCGUCUUGCGAAGCAGCUCAAAAACGGAAAACCCUUUCGUCUAGCGAGUUUUCCGUCUUGCGAGGCAUUCGUCUUGGUGGGCACCACUGUAAAUAAUAAAUUAUUAUUGUAUUAUUAACACUCAACAUUAAGAAGAAUUUUCUGGCAGCACAAGCCAUUGGGUAGUGGAAUAGACUGCCUUGGAAGGUGGUGGAGUCUCUUCGUUGGAGGUUUUUAAACAGAGAUGAGAUGGCAACCCAGCAAGAGAGUUGUCAUGGGAGAUUUCCUGGAUUGCCAAGGGUUUGGACUAGAGUCUUUUACCAGCAUUAAGGGUCUGUGUUACUCAAACUAGAAAAUUUUGUCUCUUAAAUUGAACGAGAAUACCAAAACUCAAGCCUCAGUUACGAGAUUUGGGGCACAGGAAGUGAAUGGGAAUACGUAGGGCAGGCACCCCCAAACUCGGCCCUCCAGAUGUUUUGGGACUGCAAUUCCCAUCAUCCCUGACCACUGGUCCUGUUAGCUAGGGAUGAUGGGAUUUGUAGUCCCAAAACAUCUGGAGGGCUGAGUUUGGGGGUGCCUGACAUAGGGUAUGGGGGACUUCGAUCUUCUGUGAUCUUCAGAAAUGAGCUCUAAUGUGUGUGUUUUUUGGGGGGCGGUGGAGAGAUUGCAGUAACUUUUGAAGGCCUUUUGAGGUAGUGUUUUGGAAUCCAGGAGCGUGUGAGCAGCUUAAGGUGCCAUGAUAUGAAGGAUUUGAGGAGGCAGGGAUUUCUGUAUGGCAUCUCUUUGAUGAUAUAGUACAGGCACGUCCAACUCCCAAGAGACUGUGAUCUACUCCCAAUACAAAAAAACUGGCAGUGAUCUACCCAUUUUUUUUCAGGGGGAAGCCAAAGUUAUAGAGCUUUUUUUGGAGGGGAGCCAAUGGAUACCCCUAGCGCAGGGGGCGGGAGGAGGCAUCAUUGCUAGACCGCGAUCGACUACGAACGUGAGGUGACCUACCAGUUGAUCACGAUCAACUUGUUGGACAUGCCUCAUAUAGUAUAUGGUCAAGAGAAAGAGACACUGCUCUGGACCAGAAACCCUGGGUUCAAAUUUCUGCUUGGUUCUGAGUGCGUUAGGCAGCCUAGAGUGUUUUUGUGUGUGCUCCGCCCCUUUCUUUUAAUUUCUGGGUGAUAAUACUGAUAAAUAACUUGCAGAUUGAUCGUUUAUCUGUAUUACUGGCACAGUGUACACAUACCACUUUAAACACUUUAAAAGCACUCAAGGGAAACUCCCCAUUUACACGCAUUCAAGGCAUACGUGCAUUGCCACGAACCUGGAAGUGGUACGAAAAGUGGCAAAAACAGCUCUAAAAAAGCACAAAAACAAUCUUGGGAGCCCUUGCACCGACCUUUGAGGCUUGUGGAGAUUUGGAGUUUGAGUGAUGAGGUUUGGAGGGAGCGGUUGUGCUGUUUGCAGGCUUUUUCGAUCUUGUUCCCAAUACAGUAUAUGCAAUUUCACUUAAAUGCCUCAGAACAUUUACCCUGCGUAAAUAGGGAGUUUGCCUAUAGAAUAAUUUGUUGUUGUUUAGUCGUUUAGUCGUGUCCAACUCUUCGUGACCCCAUGGACCAGAGUACGCCAUAAUAAUUUAGUAAUAUUUAUUGGGGAUUUUCCUUAUGAUGGAAGGCAUAAGCAUUUGGGACUUCUUUUUUGGGGGGUGGUGAAUCCUGAGGAGUUAUGCUUGACGAUUAUGAAUGGUGUAGCAAGGCAAAAAGAAUUUGUCUGCUUUGAACCCACCAGUGAAAAUGACUGGCAGUAGAUUCAGUUGCUGAUGAAGAGUAUCACUAGAAGUUCCUUUGAAAAAAGAACUUCCAAAUUCACAAAGGAAUAGAUCUGUCAGAGGCUAUUUGCUAAAAUGGAAACCUCCCUUGUUCAGAAUACUUUUGAUAAUCUGAUACUAGGAACUAACAGGACUCUGUUAGCUCCAUCGUUCCUCAGCUGUGAACUGCCGGGAGCAUCUAGCUGACUACUAUUGGAAUACCAGGCUAGAGUAAAAUAGGCAGUCCAUAUGUUUUCAUGAUUUGAACGCUUUAUUCCAGAUCUUCUCAGGGCACACCUGUGUAGGUUUAGCAUUGGGUACUUCAUGCAUAACCUGUGUACCAUGACAAUAUCUGCAAUAUAUCCUGAAAUAACUUGAUAACGUGAACUGACUUGGUGAUUCUACAUUGAGGAGGGGGGAUUCCAUUGGCCCCAGCUGAGGCCAUGUAGUGCUUGUUCUCUCACAAGCUGUUGUCUACUUCACAUCUACGCCGUCAUUGAAGAGCGCUGCUUUUGUCCCUUGGAAACCUUUUAUUUCUUAAUUAAAAAGAAAUACGAUAGCUGAAGGUUUGCUGGCGCUUUCCUUGCUGCCAGUGCCCCCAAGAAGUUGCGGCUUCUAUGAAUUAUCCAUGUUAGGAAUAAAGUGAUCUGUCAAGAUAAACCGCCUACCCCCACAGCUCAUCGUUUAUUAAUAGCCUGACUAAUAAAGUUUCUGACAGCUUGGGAAAAUGGAUUGCCUCAGGCCAGGCGGUUCAGCCUCUCAGACCAGGUGGGCCGCAGCAGUACUUUGACACAGAACCCACAAGCCACACACUGAAUUAAAUUUCCAUAUCGUGAGUUAAAGUGUUCACAGUACAGUGGUACCUCAGGUUACAUACGCUUCAGGUUACAUACAUUUCAGUUUACAGACUCCAUUAACCCAGAAAUAGUGCUUCAGGUUAAGAACUUUGCUUCAGGAUGAGAACAGAAAUUGUGCUCCAGCGGCGCGGCUGCAGCAGAAAGCCCCAUUAGCUAAAGUGGUGCUUCAGGUUAAGAACGGACCUCCGGAACAAAUUAAGUACUUAACCCGAGGUACCACUGUAUAGCUAAUAUCAUUUAAUAUACACAAUAUAUUUAAUAGAAUAUAUGUAAUUAAAUGCACAAUUAAUAGAUUUAAUAUACUUAUUUAUUUAGCAAAAUUAAUAACGCAGACAUUGAGCUCCUGUCAGGAUAUAAAAAGAUGGGGUAUAAAUAAAUAUUAUCAUAAUAAAUUAUUUUAGACGGCUUCCAGUCAAAAUGAUUCAAGGCUUUGGUGAAGCCAGUAAAUAAACGCAGCCCGUGAAGAAGAAGAAAAGUUCACAGAGUUGUGGGGCCAGUGCUCGAAAUCUGCCAGGCAUACAAUCCUGUGUUGCGAAGUUGCGACCAUAUGGAGAUCUCUAGAUGCUAGGUUGGCAACUGACAUCUCCAUCUGGCUGGAUGGCACUGCUGCAAUCCUGUUGUUGUUGUUGUUGUUGUUGUUGUUUAGUCGUUUAGUUGUGUCCGACUCUUCGUGACCCCCUGGACCAGAGCACGCCAGGCACUCCUGUCUUCCACUGCCUCCUGCAGUUUGGUCAAACUCAUGCUGGUAGCUUUGAGAACAUUGUCCAACCAUCUCGUCCUCUGUCGUCCCCUUCUCCUUGUGCCCUCCAUCUUUCCCAACACCAGGGUCUUUUCCAGGGAGUCUUCUCUUCUCACCAUGUGGCCAAAGUAUUGGAGCCUCAGCUUCACGAUCUGUCUUUCCAGCUGCAAUUCUAGGCACACUUUUUUGAGGAUAAGAAAGCUCCUCUGGAUGCAGCGGUUCUUACUUCCAAGCAAAUAACAACAACGAAGUUCCUUGAAAAUAAAGGGAAAAUAGCGCCUAGACCAUGGGUAGGCAAACUAAGGCCUGGGGGCUGGAUCCGGCCCAGUUGCCUUCUAAAUCCGGCCCACGGACGGUCCAGGAAUCAGCGUGUUUUUAUAUGAGCAGAAUGUGUCCUUUUAUUUAAAAUGCAUCUCUGGAUUAUUUGUGGGGCAUAGGAAUUCGUUCAUUUUUUCUCUCCAAAAUAUAGUCCGGCCCCCCACAAGGUCUGAGGGACAGUGGGCCGGCCCCUUGCUGAAAAAGUUUGCAGACCCCUGGCCUAGACAGUCCAUUUUGACGAUUGUAACCUAGGUUUAAGUCGCCAUUUGGUUAUAUACGGUGGAACCUUGGGUUGCGUACCGUCCUCCUUACAAAUAUUUCUGGUAACAAGCUCCACUAACCAAGGAGCCCCUAGUUGCGAACUUUGCCCCGGGAUGCGAGCGGAAGUCGCGCGCCGGUGGUGCGGCAUCAGUGGGAAGCCCUAUUAGCGGAAGCGUGCCUCGUGUUAAGAACGGUUUCGGUUUAAGAAUGGACCUCCAGAACGAAUGAAGUUUGUAACCGGAGGUCCCACUGCAGCUGGGUUUUUAACUCUGGCGCCCACCUGCACCUGGGCUUUGCCGCUGGACGAAGAGCUCCCAGGGCAGUGUGUUGGGGUGGCCAAGAAAGGAGAUGUGGCUCACCUUCGCUCCGCCAGGUGAGAGUGGGCAAGUGGACAAUGAGCUGCAGCUGGAGGCGGCUCUGGAACAGCCAUGCCACUGACGCUGCCAGUGGGAGCCCAAAGCGGCGUGGCACAGGAUCGCUCCCUCGGCCGCUGUGGGAAAGUGCUGUCUGCAGACCCCUCUCUUCCCGCCAUCUACCAAGGGCUGAAUGUUGGAUCACCCAGCGUAGACUAAAGCCUGCUUCUGGUUUUGCUUUGGGGGAGUUGCUGAUUCAUCUUGGUGACCCGAUAGGCCCCAAAAGACACAAAAUAAAGCCUAAUGUGAGUCACGUUCCUCACGGAGAUGGUUUUUUUUUUGUCCAGGCCUUAUUAAAGGGAUGACACUUUGUUCAGCUGUGCAUUUCCUGUUUUCUUUCCUGUUUUCACACUGCAUGAGGAAGUGGAACAGCGUCUUCAGGCCACGUUAAGCAGAGCCCCAGAGAAAAAUAGGAAAGAGAACACUUGCGUUGGUGUGAUAAGGUCUGUGGUUUGCUCCGGCUAAGGCAGGAAGCGAAGCUCUUGUGUUGCUGCCUGAUUUCAGAAUACAAAUGAUAGCUUUCCAUUUUAACAACCGAAGCCUGGUUUCGCUGGCUCAUGAAACACUUUCUGCUGUCUUAGCAAAUGAUCGCUAUCAAGGCUUAGGCUGGGUAGUUUUUAAGGGAAGGAAAUGCGUUUUUUUAAAACAAGUAUUUGACUUAUUUGGAUUUUAAUUUGCAUUAAAAAUAAAUAAAAGAAGCUACAGCAACAGUCCAUGUACAAAUGAGGAACUGCAUGUACAGUGGUACCUCGGGUUAAGAACUUGAUUCGUUCCGGAGGUCUGUUCUUAACCUGAAACUGUUCUUAACCUGAAGCACCACUUUAGCUAAUGGGGCCGCCUGCUGCUGCUGCUGCACGAUUUCUGAUCUCAUCCUGAAGCAAAGUUCUUAACCCGAGGUACUAUUUCUGGGUUAGCGGAGUCUCUAACCUGAAGCAUACGUAACCCGAGGUACCACUGUAUUGCUCUGCUCGCAUGUGGCUCUCAGAAGGCUGUUCAGAAGUGCUAAAGGGAUACAUAUGGAGAUAACGUUAGUCCUUCUUCAUGCCAGUGACCUUCCCUGGCCCAGGGGCUUUUCAAAUCUUGGUUCAUGCUUUCAACUUAAGCAAAUUUUGUAGGGCGCUUGUUUUGGGAGGUUUAUGCCUCACUUGUUUCCACACCCCUGAUAUCUGCGGCUACAGGACUUUUGGAACUGCCCUGUGGAGUGUUUUCCCAGUCCUAGAUUGCAGCCUUUAUAUAUUUUAUCCAGGUUUGUGGUGCUGUAUGCAUGCUAGAAAUAUUCCCUGCUGGUACUAUUGCUGCCUCUCUGUGGCAUGGGACGGGAGACCUUUCCAAUCCAGCCACUUGUAACUUAUUUCUUGAGCAACCCCGAAGCCACAUGGUUCACAAUCCCUCCCUCCCUCUCUUCUGCAGAAUCUGGGUCUUGGCAGCAGAGCGUUGCUCAGAGUUAAAGAGAAACUGUGCUAACAGAGGGCAGAAAAGGUGGCGAAAUCUCUCUCCUUGAGCACAGAGGACGUAACAGCUUUGAAAACUUGCUAUCAAGUUUUUUAGCUCGGUUGGCGCCAGUCUGUGUACUGGUAUAAAUAAAGAAGCAAAAGAGGGCUAGAUGUGGAUAACAAAUGAGGAACAAGGCUGCGAGACAACUUUCUAAACACAUUUUACAAGUACAUGGAAAGUGAGGAAUUUUAUAGCAAAGUGCCUUACGUGUCUAAGAACUCAUGCUGUAUUCUUUUUUCCAACCCACCCACUUAACUUUUCCAGUCUUGGCUAUUUCUCUCUUUCUGGAUUCACCUUGUAGUCAUUGUUUAUAGGGGUCAGAAAAAAAAAGAACUGAAAUUUAGGCCAGGGAUAGCCAGCGUGGUCCCCUUCAGAUGUUGUGGACUCCCAUCACCCCAGACUGCUGGGAGUUGUAGUCAGAGUCUUAAUGUUCUGCCGGCAGAGCACCUAGCGACUUGCUUUUUAAUCCCCUUGGCCAGAAAAGCCUUCCAAAAGGUUAAGAUGUCGGGUUUGUGCACAAGGCCGAAAAACGUUUCAGCUUCUUACAUUCUGGCAUCAAAAUAUAAUGGGUGUCCAGGUAACCCGGGACCUAGCACAGUUGAUGCUUUUGAAUUCUGGUGCUGGAGGAGACUCUUGAGAGUCCCAUGGACUGCAAGAAGAUCAAACCUCUCCAUUCUGAAGGAAAUCAGCCCUGAGUGCUCACUGGGAGGACAGAUCCUGAAGCUGAGACUCCAAUACUUUGGCCACGUUGUGAGAAGAGAAGACUCCCUGGAAAAGACCCUGAUGUUGGGAAAGAUGGAGGGCACAUGGAGAAGGGGACGACAGAGGACAAGAUGGUUGGACAGUGUUCUCGAAGCUACCAGCAUGAGUUUGACCAAACUGCGGGAGGCAGUGGAGGACAGGAGUGCCUGGCAUGCUCUGGUCCAGGGGGUCACGAAGAGUCGGACACGACUAAAUGACUAAACAACAACAACAACAAGCACUUUGAAGAUCCAUGCAGUAGUGGCUGCGAUCUUGGGCAGCGAAUUCUAAACACGCCUUGACCGUUUUGUAUAGUGUCUGUCUCUCAAAUAUUCUCCUCCUUAACAGCCUGAGCCAGUGCGACCCUUACAUUCAAAACUAGCUGGUUUUAGUGUUGGAGGAUUAACGUUUCGGCCACCGAGGUGGCUCUUGCGGCACCUAACCAUCCAUGCCAUAGAAUUGGUUUUCCUGGUGGUAGCCAAGUGGUCUGGUGUAUUCUUCUGCGCAUAUCUGAGUGGUUUGCUGCAACUCGGUGGUUAACUCUGUUGUGUUCAGCUGGGCAGGAGUUGCUCUCAGCCAAGGUCACUUUUAAUGAAUGUUAGAUUUCCCAGCCAAAGUUUCGUCCCUCCCCUCUUGUUUCCAGGCUUACAAUCCAAAGAUAGCAGCAGCGACUCCCCUUGUGAAGAGCCAAGGCUCCUCAAGGAAUUUCAGGUUUUGAAAGGACAAAAUCAAAUGCCCAUGAAGAGCAUGUUCUCUUUUCUGCUUUUAAAAUGCCAACCCUGGCUUGGCUAACCAGGCCUGUAUUAUUGAACUGUAUCCCUCGUCAAGCAGCUCUGCCUUUCCCCAACAGGGCUUUUGUGUUUGAUUUAAAAAGGGAUUGUGAGGGGGGGCGGGUGGUAAGAGAAGACUAGGGGGAAACUAGGUUAAUGAUCAACUCCAAAAAUGCACAGUUAGAUCUGUGUCUUGCACCCAAGUGGGAAUGCUUAAUUAGUAUCUGCGAAGCAUGUGAUUUACAUCUGCAAACGACUCCCUGGUGUUGUUUGAAAUUAACCUGUUAUGUGUGUUCACAUCAUAUAUAUAAAUAGCAGCUUCGGUCUUGAAUAUUUGUUAAUAUCACAGCAGUGGUGUACACGGAUGGCUAUUUACAGACGGCUGAAGAGAGAGCGAGAGCACAAAAACAAGCUUUUGCCCUUGAGGACCUUAUAACAGGAUAGGUUUGAACCCUCUCUUCUGCGCACACCAGGAAGAAUCAGUUGACACAUUCAUGGCUGGUUAACUGGUACAAGGGGGAAGAACUCACGGUUUUUAAUUCUGCAGUGGGCAGGUGUGGCUUCUCCAUUUUUAGCAUAGCCAGUGUUUAGCUUUUCACAGACAUACUGUCUGGGCUUGUGGGGUGGCAUGUUGAACGCAAAAUCUGAGAGGAGAUUUUUGGAUGCCCAUGUUUGGUGGCAAAUGGUUUCUUUUUAAAUAUUUGCAAAUUUCCCUUUACAGUGGUACCUCAGGUUACAUACGCUUCAGGUUACAGACUCCGCUUGCCCAGAAAUCGUGCUUCAGGUUAAGAACUUUGCUUCAGGAUGAUAACAGAAAUCGUGCUCUGGCAGCGCAGCGGUAGCAGGAGGCCCCAUUAGCUAAAGUGGUGCUUUAGGUUAAGAACAGUUUCAGUUUAAGAAUAGACCUCCGGAGUGAAUUAAGUACUUAACCCGAGGUACCACUGUAAUAGCUUUUACCAAAAUCGGUUUUGGCACAGUCAAAAAAAUCCCAAAAGCCAUAUAGAAGAAGAUGCAUUAACAACAACAAGAACAACAACGUAGCAAGACCAAAUAUUUAUUAUGUGGUACAUAAAAAUGAGAAGGCCAUUGCCUUCCUCAUUUCCCUGCAAAGAAACUCAGAGAUUAGUAGUCUUAAAAAAACAAAACAUUUUUAAAUAGCCUGCCCACCCACAUAUAGCUGUUUCGGUGAUGUCAAAAAGUGCAGGUGUUGGGUGGGUGGGGAGGUAAUGGGACAUCUCUUUGUUAAUAUCUCCUCCUUCUGCACUUGGCUGAUUUGGCAGCCAGCUGAAGCUACCUUUUUGCAUAUAUUUCUAACUGUUAACCACCUUCUGGGAAGGGAAACCAGCAGUGUGUCACACCGGAGAAACUCCAGAACUUUGCAUGCAGGAAGGUCCCUGAUUCAGUCCUUGGUAAUACCCGUUUUAAAUGAACAGGUAGCAAGUGACUGUCAUAAUGACUGUUAAGAGACUUCUUGCACAUGGCAGAAAGUCAGUUGUUGCACAAUAAGGAAGCGAAUUGUGGCCUCGGUAUACAUAAAAGGUAAAGGACCCCUGACAGUUAAGCGAUUCACCCUCUUGUCGUGUGAUUUAGUGAGUAGAUCCAGUGAGUUGGCCAGAGAUACAGAUACUUGUAAGGUGGGGGCAGUGAAAGGUGGUUUUUUUUUUGGAGGGAAACUGCAUCAGAAAAUGUUCAGUUUGCGCUGGAAACUGAUGACUUAGAACAGCCUUCUCCAACUGGCUGCCCUCCAGAUGUUUUGGAGUACAAAUCCCAUCAGCCCCAGCCAGCAUGGCCAGGGAUGAUGGGAGGGAGUGGUAGUCCAGGCUUCCUCAACCUUGGCCCUCCAGAUGUUUUUGGCCUACAACUCCCAUGUUCCCUAGCUUGCAGGACCAGUGGUCAGGGAUGAUGGGAAUUGUAGUAUCAAAACAUCUGGAGGGCCGAGGUUGAGGAAGCCUGUUGUAGUCCAGAACUUCUAGAUAGGGCGCUUGGUUGGCGAAGGCUGCCCUAGAAAGGGAUCUGCUUUGGCAUGUUUAUUUUACUGUAUUUUUUGCUCUAUAAGACUCACUUUUUCCCUCCUAAAAAGUAAGGGGAAAUGUGUGUGCGUCUUAUGGAGCGAAUGCAGGCUGCGCAGCUAUUCCAGAAGCCAGAACAGCAAGAGGGAUUUGCUGCUUUCACUGUGCAGCAAUCCCUCUUGUUGUUCUGGCUUCUGAGAUUCAGAAUAUUUUUUUUCUUGUUUUCCUCCUCCAAAAACUAGGUGCGUCUUGUGGUCUGGUGCGUCUUACAGAGCGAAAAAUACGGCACUUGCCUUUUAUAAACCAAGUUAAAGACUCUGAAACUGCCAAGCUUUCAUAGGAUGGUAUUUGCAGCUGGCGCCCAUUCAUUGUUGCUGGUGAACUUAGAAAAUGGAAACUUUUCUGUGCAAGAAUAAAGCACUGGGCGGUGGGGGAAAAUCAUGCCUCUCAUUGCUGAGCGGAGAUCGAGAGGUCAUAGCUCAAUGCUGGAGCAUCUUCCUCUAUGCGGAAAGGUCUCAAGAUUAAUUUUUGGACCUCCCCAUUCAGAAGAUUUGAUAGCUGGCGGUGAGAAAGGGCUUUGCCCAAAGAACUACCACCGUAUGGUACUUGAAGGACCAGCGGUUUGAAAUAAAUGAAUCCAAAAAUGGUGCAAGUAUAACAUUAGUAUCUGUGUCUCUAUUUACUUUGGGGGUGUGUGGUGGCAAUAAAUCACCACGAUUAAAAUUAUAAAUACAAGCAGCUUUCUUUCCCACCCCACCCUGGGCUCUAGUGCCUAUUCUGCACGGGGGCGGGGGGGAGAAACACCCCCUUUAUUGCACAAUAUAAAUGCCAACCUCUCCCGGUUUGUUUAGCUUUGCUGAUGGGUUCUUGGCCUGCAUUUCAGCACACACUGCCCCCUCAACUUUUGAGUGCUUGGAAAUCCAAGGGAAUGUUUCACCCUUUGGAGUGGCAGGGCGGAGGUUUGCAGCCUCUGAUAAAGGGAGGCGAUGGAAUGAGCGCUGUCUGCCUGAGUUUUCUGUUUUGAGUUCUGGAUUAUGGCUGCUUGGGCAGUUUUUUUCCUUUCUCUUUUAAUGAACUCUUGUAAGCAUACCGGUUUCUUGCAAACCAGAGGAAUGUACCCAGCAAACCUUUUGCUUUGGUCCUUUUGUAGGGAGAUGUUAGCUUUCUCCAUAUAAAAAGCAGGUAGGCAACCACAGAGUUUGGCUGAUCUUGCUAAAAGGUAAAGGUGAAGGGACCCCUGACCAUUAGGUCCAGUCGUGACUGACUCUGGUAUUGCGGUGCUCAUCUCGCUUUAUUGGCCGAGGGAGCAGAUGUACAGCUUCUGGGUCAUGUGGCCAGCAUGACUAAGCCGCUUCUGGCGAACCAGAGCAGCGCACGGAAAUGCUGUUUACCUUCCCGCCGGAGUGGUACCUAUUUAUCUACUUGUACUUUGACGUGCUUUCGAACUGCUAGGUUGGCAGGAGCAGGGACCGAGUAACGGGAGCUCACCCCGUAGCGGGGAUUUGAACCGCCGACCUUCUGAUCGGCAAGUCCUAGGCUCUGUGGUUUAACCCACAGCGCCACCCACAUCCCUUGGUAGGCAGCCAUUAUUAGUAGCCUCCUGCAAAUCUUGGGGCACAUGUAGAAGACACUCUAUCCUUUUCUUUCUUUCUUUCUUUCUUUCUUUCUUUCUUUCUUUCUUUCUUUCUUUCUUUCUCUCUCUCUCUCUCUCUCUCUGUGUGUGUGUGUGUGUUGAUAUCUCAUUUUCACAUUGCAUUUCAGAGACACUCUGGAGCAGUAGAAACCUAUUGCAACUUAUUAAGUGUUUCUAAACCCCAGCAUGAAUUGAGAUGAACUUCCCCCCAAGGGUCUGGUUUAGUUGAUGUGCAGAGAGGUGGUCCUGCAGUCCUGAGCCACAUAAGAUCUCACAGGUCUAAACCUUAGACUUGAUCUCUCUCCCUGUAGCCUGAAGUCUCUCAUCAGCUGCACCUCCAUUAUCAGCCCUGUUGUUGUGCAUCUUCCUCGAAUGUUUUUGCCUCUCUGGAAUGUGUCCUUGAACACUGAUAACGCCUCUUCCUUUCCUGGGCAGUGAAUAGAGGGGUGUGUGCAGAAACUAGCCUGCUGUACAAAGGCAGUGUUAGAAACUCAGAUACAGUGGUACCUUGGUUGUCGAACUUAAUCCGUUCCGGGAGUCUGUUCAACUCCCAGAACAGUUCGAAAAGCAAGGCGCGGCUUCCGAUUGGCUGCAGGAGCUUCCGGCACUCAAUUGGAAGCCGUGUCGGACGUUCGGCUUCCAAAAAAGUUUGCAAACCGGACCACUCAAACCGGUUUGCAGAGUUUGGGAGCCGAUUUGUUCGACAAACUAAGCCGUUCGACAACCAAGGUACCACUGAAUAUAAGCUAGGUGUCAAAUGGCUCCUUAAACCAAGUUUACAGUUGCCAAAAUGGAAUGUCUGGUUGCCAUUUUGGGGAAAGACAGCUCUAAAGUCUUAUUUUUCAAAGGAUGGACUGACUGUGAUUGGUUCUCAGUUAAAAAUCUGGCCGGUUCAGAGGACAGCCUUGAGCAAGGUUUAGAGAACUUAAAGAUGAAAAGUCACUUGAUUCAGGAACAGUGCACAUAUUGGCCUAUUCCUGCCUCUUAAUGGUGACACAGACCAUCCAUAAUGUAGGGCUAUUCUUUACAACUGUGGGCAAGGCAGUGGGGUAAGUGAAGACAAGCGACAGCGAUUAGCUAUAACAUCGUUCACUGCUCCUGCUCAGGCUGCACAGAGAAAAAGCAUUUUGGUUCCUGAAAUUCAUUCUGACUGUGCAGAUAAAAUAUACCUUAACUGAUAGAAUUCUACUGGAUGGGGUAUUAGCGUCUGAAAACGGCCCAGAGCCAGUGGUUGAUAGCUAGGUGCAAAAUGCGCCUGCGAAAUUUUGAACGCUGUACGAAGGGUAAAUGUUACCUUGGUUCCGAGCACAAUUAAAAGUGUUGGUGCUGACCUUUAAAGCCCUAAAUGGCCUCGGUCCAGUAGACCUGAAGGAGCUUCUCCACCCCCACCGUUCAGCCCGGACGCUGAGGUCCAGCUCUGAGGGCCUUCUGGUGGUUCCUUCCCUGCAAGAAGCCAAGUUACAGGGAACCAGGCAGAGGGCCUUCUCAGUAGUAGCACCUGCCCUGUGGAACAGCCUCCCACAAGAUGUCAAAGAGAAAAACAACUACAGUAGUACCUCGGAUUAAGUACUUAAUUCAUUCCGGAGGUCCGUUCUUAACCUGAAACUGUUCUUAACCUGAAGCACCACUUUAGCUAAUGGGGCCUCUGGCUGCUGCUGCGCUGCUGGAGCAUGAUUUCUGUUCUCAUCCUGAAGCAAAGUUCUUAACCCGAGGUAAUAUUUCUGGGUUAGCGGAGGCUGUUGUAACCUGAAGCGUAUGUAACCCGAGGUACCACUGUACCAGACUUUUAGAAGACAUCUGAAGGCAGCCCUGUUUAGGGAAGCUUUUAAUGUUUAAUAGACUAUUGUAUUUUAAUAUUUUGUUGGAAGCCACCCAGAAUGUCUGGGAAAACCCAACCAGAUGGGUGGGGUAUUAAUUAAUUAAUUAAUUCUUAUUGUUGUUGUUGUUAUUAUUAUUAUUAUAUUGGUUCCUCCGCCCACUUUUGGCUCUGGCCCUGCCUGCUGCUGCCAUGUGGCCCCUGAGUGCUUGCCCAUAAGGGAAUGUGUCCCUCAGUUUGAAAAAGCCCCCUCACACACCCCAGACUAAAAGAAGCAGGAGACUGCUUUCCUUUCCAGCUGCUGCCGCCGCCGCCGCAACCCCAUCACCUGUUCGUUCCGCUGUGCAAAGUCGUAAUAUUCAGGCUGCGGUUGCCAUCAUUUCCAUAGCAACCUGCUGCGACUGAGUAAGGAUUAUGACUUCAAUAAGGAGUGAACACCAGGAACUACGGCAGCCUUUUGGGCAGGCUGGCUUUUGGAAAGCAGCUAAGGAGAUAAACAAAGGUCCGUAGAGUUAAAGCCAUGGUUUUCCCAGUAGUGAUGUAUGGAAGUGAGAGCUGGACCAUCAAGAAGGCUGAUCGCCGAAGAAUGGAUGCUUUUGAAUUCUGGUGCUGGAGGAGACUCUUGAGAGUCCCAUGGACUGCAAGAAGAUCAAACCUCUCCAUUCUUAAGGAAAUCAGCCCUGAGUGCUCACUGGAAGGACAGAUCGUGAAGCUGAGGCUCCAAGACUUUGGCCACCUCAUGAGAAGAGAAGACUCUCUGGAAAAGACCCUGAUGUUGGGAAAGAUGGAGGGCACAAGGAGAAGGGGACGACAGAGGGCGAGAUGGUUGGACAGUGUUCUCGAAGCUACCAGCAUGAGUUUGACCAAACUGCGGGAGGCAGUGGAAGACAGGAGUGCCUGGCGUGCUCUGGUCCAUGGGUUCACGAAGAGUCGGACACAACUAAAUGACUAAACAACAACAACAACAACAAGGAGAUAAGCACAUUUCCCCCUUGUAGACGGGAAUUUCUGAAGGAUCUUCCAGCCCUGCAUGCCUCGCACUCGGGGCUGGGGCAGGGGCAAAAUGCAAAUCCCCGACCGGUUUUCAACACUCCCGACCAAUUGGCAAGCCUCUUUCUUCUAUGCAGAGAUUGGGUAGGAAAGAUCUCAGAUCCAUAACCGCAGAUUUCUGGGUGCCUGAAAUUCCACCCCCCGCCCGGUCGCCUGAGAGUCCCUUGUACAUUGCAGGGGAUUCCGGUCGACGCAGAUGGGUCAAGGCAUGGGGUGGCCCCCCAAAAGAGAGGCUGGUUGCAGCCUAGACUACACCAGCCAGAGCCUCCCUUGACUUCUUGCUGCAUAACUCCUGUCUUCUGUCUCUUUCUUCAUGCCAAGGCUCCGAUUUGGAGAGUGUGUGUUAAACCAGCUGUGCAGGUGGAACGCCCAUCCUUAUUGCUUAAGCUGUACAUCUUUAUGACGUGACAAUCCUCUCCGAUAGCCCAUUGGCAAUGAUAGCCAUUGCAGGACCUUAGAACUGAUGGGAUGCAUUAAUAAUAAUAAUAAUAAUAAUAAUAAUAAUAAUAAUAAUAUUGUUUUAUUUUUACCCCGCCCUUCCCGGUUCAAAAACUGGGCUCAGGGCGACUUACAACAAAUUUAAAACACUUAAUUGUAAAAGCAGCAUAAAAUAAAGUAUAAAAACAUGAAUAGCAAUAAAAUCCAAAAAUCAAUUAGAUAAUCCCCAGGGCUAGCUGGCUGAAUUGGUCCCACUUGGGCCAGUGAGGAGGCCGGGGAGAAAUAGCCAUGGGGUCUCAGAGCGGGCGAUCUUCAUAAAAGGUGAGGGGUAAGGGAAGAGAAGGGAAACAAAAGAUCAGGCUGAAUUCAAAUUAAAGGCCAGGCGGAAUAGCUCUGUCUUACAGGCCCGACAGAAGGAGGUUAAAUCCUAAAGGGCCCUAGUCUUGCGGGACAGAGCAUUCCACCAGGUCGGAGCCAUCACCGAAAAGGCCCUGGCCCUGGUGGAGGAUAGUCUGACUUCCUUAGGGCCCGGGACCUCUAAACUAUGGUUAUUCAUGGACCUUAAGGUCCUUUGCAGGGCAGACCAGGAGAGGCAGUCCUGUAGAUAAAGCUCUGGAGGAUGAUUUAGGGGAGGAGGCGACUCCUCUAGGAAGAAAGGUGGCAAUGUUUGGGAUUUCCCCCCCCCCCCAUUCUGAGAAGAGGUGAGGAAGAAUUGAUGUGUUAGAAGUUUAUAAAACCAUGCCUUGCAUGGAGAACAUGGGCAGAGGAAUGUUUUUCUCCCUCCCUUACAAGACUAGAACACGCAAUGAAGCUGUAUUUUGGAACUUUCAGGACUGAUAAAAGAAAGCACCACAUCUUCACUUAGCAUAUGGUUAAGCCUAUGGAAACCUAGACAGCAUCUUAAAAAGCAGAGACAUCACCUUGCCGACAAAGGUCCGUAUUGUUAAAGCUAUGGUUUUCCCAGUAGUGAUGUAUGGAAGUGAGAGCUGGACCAUAAAGAAGGCUGAUCGCCGAAGAAUUGAUGCUUUUGAAUUCUGGUGCUGGAGGAGACUCUUGAGAGUCCCAUGGACUGCAAGAAGAUCCAACCUCUCCAUUCUGAAGGAAAUCAGCCCUGAGUGCUCACUGGAAGGACAGAUCCUAAAGCUGAGGCUCCAAGACUUUGGCCACCUCAGGAGAAGAGAAGGCUCCCUGGAAAAGACCCUGAUGUUGGGAAAGAUGGAGGGCACAAGGAGAAGGGGACGAGAGAGGACGAGAUGGUGGGACAGUGUUCUGGAAGCUACCAGCAUGAGUUUGACCAAACUGCGGGAGGCAGUGGAAGACAGGAGUGCCUGGCAUGCUCUGGUCCAUGGGGCCACGAAGAGGCGGACUCGACUAAAUGACUAAACAACAACAACCUAUGGAACUCCUCCCCACAGGAGGCAGUGAUGGGGGAGGGAGAGUGGGCUCUUGUGUUCGAAUCCUGCUUGUGGGUUUCCCACUAUUGGCCACUGUGAGAUCAGGAGGCUGGACUAGAUGGGCCAUUGGCCUGAUCCUGCAGACUCUCUCUAUGUAUUCUUUGGUUUAAUUUUGUGAGCGGUUGAGGCAGCGUUCCUCAAUUACCCAGGGCUGCAAAGUUUAUCUUUUUAGGAGGGGAAAAAUGCGUCUUAUAGAGUGGAAAAUACGGUACCAAGGGCUGCAAAGUUUAUCCCCUGUAUUAAGCAUGGUGUGCUCCUUGUCUGUCUUCCCUGUUAUCUGUUCAUGUGUGUUUGUGUGUGUGAUCUUUAGAAAACAGGUUGUGCUGUUUGCUAUCUCCUGGGUUUUGGGGUCCAAUCUGUCGGAUGCCUGACUCAAUCGCAGAGCGAAGGAGCCGGAGACUUGGAGAGAGCGCGUGCGGCUCCGCCCCCAAGCUCCUGAUUGGCUCUUGUGUCGCCAUCUGCCACCUGCUUGGUGUAACUGCAGCCAAACGGGACCCUCCCGCCAUCUGUCUCUUGCUCACGGAACGCAACAAUCAGCUUACCGAUUCCCCACCCUGAUAAAAAGGUCCCAGAUGGCUGACGAAACCCAAUAGUGCAGUUGGAAAGGGCAAGGAAGGAUUGGGGGAGGAAAAACACCAGAAGUUGGGCAGAAACAUUUCUGAAAUGAGAGCCAGAUCUGCUGCGCCGAUGAAUGCCCAAAGUUCCAAGCACGGCUCACAAAACUGACACAUGGGAUGAUGUGUUUUGCUCUGUUCUAUCUAGCGAGAUGGCAUUUUUCUGCCCGGGGAUAACAGGCUGUGCCAGGAUAAUUCUAAAUUCUGUGCCUUCCAUCGCCUUGCCAGGUUGGUGCCCUGUGCGGGGUCUUCCUUCUGGCUACCUGAAAGCAAGGACCACCCGCCUCCUGGAUUUGAAGGGCACAUCACAGCAGGCCUUGCAUACACAAUUCAAAGUGUUGGUGUUGACCUCUAAAGCCCUAUACGGCCUCGGUCCAGUAUACCUGAAGGAGCGUCUCCACCCCCAUUGUUCCGCCCAGACGCCGAGGUCCAGCUCCAAGGGCCUUCUGGUGGUUCCCUCAUUGCAAGAAGCAAAGCUACAGGGAACCAGGCAGAGGGCCUUCUCGGUGGUGGCGCCCACCCUGUGGAAUGCCCUCCCACCAGAUGUCAAAGAGAAAAAAAAACUACCUGAUAUUUAGAAGACAUCUGAAGGCAGCCCUGUUCGUAGAAGCUUUUAAUGUGUGACAUUUUAAUGUAUUUUUAAUCUUUGUUGGAAGCUUCCCAGUGGACUGUAGCCUGUGGCAGUUUUGCCGUAAAAACGUCUUCGAGGUGCUACAAUACUCUAUUUGGUUCUUUUUACCCUCCCCACCCACAAGACCUGACGCUUAAGCUACUCAGUCAAUGUCAAUCUUUAAACAUGGUUGGGUUGAGCACCCAGUUGUUCCAGUUUGCUUAUUCUUUGUGAGCUCCUACAUGUUUUCGUAUUUUACUGCAGGCACCCCCAAACUCGGCUCUCCAUCUGUUUUGGGACUACAACUCCCAUCAUCCCUAGCUAAGAGGACCAGCAGUCAGGGAUGAUGGGAAUUGUAGUCCCAAAAAAUCUGGAGGGCCGAGUUUGGGGGUGCCUGUUUUGCAGCUGUGUGGGUGGCUAGUUGUUGUUGUUGAAAACCCCAUCUCAUUCUACAUUCCCAUUCAGCUGUACUGACACUAAGCAAGGCGCAAACCCAGCAAAGCUCUGCAUGCAAUGUAGCCAUGAAUCCCCUUGCCCUUCGCUCUUAUGUGUUUGUUGCAGCUGCACCAGAGUACAGAAGGAGCCACAGUUUAUCCUGGCAUUCGUCACGUUCCAGGAAACAGGUUCAGCUUUCAUGUGACUCGUGUGUGUGUGUGUGUGUGUGUGUUCUCUGCCACCCCCUGCCAAACUCUCCCUCCCCCAGCGCCAGCUUUCUACUCGCUUUGCUCAUCCAGCUUGGACCACAGCAGUCCCCAAACGCACAACUUGCUCUGCACGUCCCAGCACCCGCCAAACAUCUAAUUCAUUUCCCUCCUCGCUGGCCUUGUGUGUGUUUGCGCACCUUCCAUUUCUCUUGUGCGCACAAGUCACAGUGGGGAAUUCAGCCUGGAGCGAAAUGAAAUUAAGCCCAGACACCAAAGAACCUUGGGCCUGCUGCAUCAUUUACAUGCAGUUCAGGCACCGGGCCUGGGGUUUUUUUUAGCAUUGAAGUCUCGCACUGGGGAAACGUCAGGCUUGAUGGGUGCUCUCCUCCCCCCUAAUUUCCCCCCUCUCUCUUUCUCUGCUUCUCUCCACAGAAUAAAGAUGAUGGCGCACCGGAGCUCAAGCAUUUCCGAGGCGACAGUGAAGAGAAAGAUAUGGGAAAGCAUAAGUAAGUUGCUGCUUAUCCUCUCUCUCUCUCUCUCUCUGUUUGGGAUUUGAGCCGUAUCGUGGCUCUGUGGUCUAGCGUAGAGGUCAGUGUUUGCUCCCUGCUUGCAAAUCAGGAGCUGAGCUUUGGACUGUGUGUUCUACACACACACACACACACACACACGCACACACACACACACACGGCCCCCUCGGAAAGGAAAAACCAGCUUGUUUAUAACAGGGAAACUUGCUUUUCCUGUUAAAACAGCAUACGAGGUAAGCGAGCCGCGAGGCGGCUUGUUACGCGAUCCCAAGGGUGGUGAAUAAUGAAUGACUUUGAUAUUGCAUUUUCCGUUUCUGCUGAUUAAGGCUAACGGUUGGAGCAGACUGUAGAAUGGGCAGCUCAAGAGAGGCCGGCCGGUGCCUUCUCUGUUCCACAACACAAGACAGGGUUAUUGAAAUGUUGAGCUGAGAAGAAACGCUCGGGUUGUCUGAGCUGACCUGUGGAUGAAAACAUCCUGACAAGGCGACUGACUCAUCUCUUUUCAUUUUCCACCCUUCUCUCUCUCUAAGACAACAACAACAACAUCCGGGGAUGGAGAUUUCCGUAGCUUCCCAGAGGGGAUGUUUGCCAGUAUACCUCCUUGUGAUACUGUAAAUGCAAGUGGGGUUUACAAACGUCCCCAUGAAAUGGAAUAAGAUGCCAAGCUCUGGAGAACGGGUACCAACUCCCAUCCCCUGUCUUCAGAGACGGGGGCAAGGGAUGGAUCCUGAGCGCAGAAUUGGGAGCUUCUCUCCUGAACACCCUCCUCCUCCCCACACUGCGGGCUGCACUCCCAAAGGACUCUCCUGGGAGGUCUCUUGCCGGGAAGAGGCAGCGCUGCUAAUUGCGUGUGGCAGGUCUGCGAGAGCCUCGCAUUUAGUGGUUAAUUAAAGGGAUUCAGACCUGUCCGUUUAGACAGGCUAGAGAAAUGUAACAAGCCUCCAGCGGUUUCCUGGGGGGCAUGGAGUAUCGUGUGGCUGGUUUCUGGCUACCUGGCAUUGCUCUGAUUCUGUGGAAUUAAACGAAAGGCCGAGCGGCACAACCCGUUUUUAACUCUGCAUUUAGACCCAGAGACGAUCCUUUGCUGAGAUGCCGCACGUAGGUUACUCACAAGGAGCAUAGGAUCCACGGUGGUGCGGUAGCGUGGGUAGAAACCUCACACCUGGAGCAUAGCACACACAUGACCAUGCCCCAGCGGAAUAGCCUUUUUUUUUUAAAAAAAGAAGAAGAUAAAUCUCCAUGAUUUAAAACUCACCUCUGCUAUCUUGGAUAUGCAAAAUGAAACUGGUUGUUUGCUUCAGUCAGAAUGUUAAUGGACCCCAAUGUCUUCCUCUCCCCUCUAAGAAUUUAAAAAGAAACACAGAACCACCAACUGCUUUGGUGGGGGAAAUGCGUUGCACAGGCUAGGUGGAAUGCUUUGCAUAUUUCAAUAUGCCUCCGGGAUUAGUUAUAACCCCAAUUGCAUAGGAGGGUUAAAAAUCAUUGUUGCAUAUUUCUCUGGGGUGUUCAGGUCUAUUAAUUCUGCUCUCUGUCUCUCCUACUCCUAUUUCCUCCCUUUAGAUAAACUGUGAGCAUCUCCCUCCAUUUCUCUCUCUCUCUCUCUCUUUCUUUCUUUCUUUCUUUCUUUCUUUCUUUCUUAAUUUCUCUCUCUCCCUCCCUCUCUCCCUCGGCCCUCCUCAGUUACUUUCUGCUAAGAAUCUGGUUUUCAGAUAUAGAGUGCCUCUGAAGAUGGAGGCUCUGUUUAAUUUUCUUAGCUAACCAUCACUGGUAGAACUCUCUUCCAUCAUCAGUGUGCCUUAAAUUGCUAAGCAUAUACAGUGGUACCUCAGGUUACAUACGCUUCAGGUUACAUACGCUUCAGGUUACAGACUCCACUAACCCAGAAAUAGUGCUUCAAGUUAAGAACUUUGCUUCAGGAUGAGAACACAAAUCGUUCUCCGGUGGCAGCAAGAGACCCCAUUAGCUAAAGUGGUGCUUCAGGUUAAGAACAGUUUCAGGUUAAGUACGGACCUCCGGAACGAAUUAAGUACUUAACCCGAGGUAAAAAGGUAAAGGUACCCCUGCCCGUACGGGCCAGUCGUGUCCGACUCUAGGGUUGUGCGCUCAUCUCACUUAAGAGGCCGGGAGCCAGCGCUGUCCGCAGACACUUCCGGGUCACGUGGCCAGCGUGACGAAGCUGCUCUGGCGAGCCAGCACCAGCGCAGCGCACAGAAACGCCGUUUACCUUCCCGCUAUAAAGCGGUACCUAUUUAUCUACUUGCACUUAGGGGUGCUUUCGAACUGCUAGGUGGGCAGGAGCUGGGACCGAAGGACGGGAGCUUACCCUGCCGCGGGGAUUCGAACCGCCGGCCAUACGAUCGGCAAGUCCUAGGCACUGAGGUUUUACCCACAGCGCCACCCGCGUCCCAUAACCCGAGGUACCACUGUACAUAUUCUCUCUCUCUCUCUGUGUGUGUUUGUGUGUGUCUGUAUGUUUGUGUGUUCACAGUGUACUGCUUUGACAACGUUUGUUGGAAAGCAGUUUAUAAAUCCAUAAAUAAAUUAAAAAAUGCCAGCCCAAAAAGACCCAGAGGUUUGGCUCACUGCACAUACCCUGGAAAUUAUCCACCGGUUAUCGUUUCUGCUUGGAGAGAAGGUUUUGGCCACAGGGGGUAAAUCCUGUUGAACUCUGUGGGACUCGCUUCUAAGGAAACAGGCAUUGAAAGAGGCGGUAGAAAAGAGCGGAACCUGAGCAAAUAAGUGCUGAUGCUGCCUAGCAACAUUUCAUUCCUCGCCUUGCUUGUCCCCUGCAAGAUUAAGCAACUGCACUAAGGAGAGCAACGAAGAGAAAGAUGCUCUCCCAAGUCCCCAGCCAAUUUUUAUUUUUGCCCCACACGUCUGCCAAACGCACAAGCAGCCCACUCCUCCUGCUGUCUGGCAUCUUUCUGAAGGGGUUUGAUAGUUGGAUGUGGGUCUGUGCCGCAGCAACGCAGUCUGGCUUUCAAGUCCCCCUCUUGCUGGUUUCUGUGUCCAUCGGCACAAGAUCUCCCAGGUUUCAGGGCUCCCUCCUUUUCUGCUUCUCUAUGCCACCACCUCCUCCCAACUCAGAGGCAGAAAACUGCCUGUCCGUAAGGCUCUGAGCUCCUGCUACAGACAGAGCUAAGCUCAGUGGCAAGAUCUCUCCCAGCUCUCCAAAUCCAGGGUUGCUACAUCCAGUCUCAUCUCUGUCUCCUGGCCCCACUCCUUUCCAACCUCUGCAUCAGGACUUUUCUUUGUGUCAGGAGCUCGUCCUACACUCGAGUAGGACCCUGGUAGAGACACGUGCCCGACUCGCAUGUUCUCUCCCACCUGGUCGUUCAUUUGGGAGCUUCAAAGAAGAAGAAGAGUUUGGAUUUGGUAUCCCGCUUUAUCACUACCCGAAGGAGUCUCAAAGCGGCUAACAUUCUCCUUUCUCUUCCUCCCCCACAACAAACACUCUGUGAGGUGAGUGGGGCUGAGAGACUUCAAAGAAGUGUGACUGGCCCAAGGUCACCCAGCAGCUGCAUGUGGAGGAGUGGAGACGCAAACCCGGUUCACCAGAUUACGAGUCUACUGCUCUUAACCACUACACCAAAAUGGCUCUCAGCUUUCUUCAGCCCGAACAUCACAGCGACCAUUGCCAACAGGCAUCGGCACACUUAGGGACCCGCAGAGUCUUUGCAGUUUGCGUAAAAUAACUCAUCAACUCAGCAUUUUGGCUAUUCUACUUUAUUUACAUACAAACACACACGGAGCACUGCAACAUGGCUCCCUCUCUCUCCAGCAUCAGACAGCAAAGAGAAAGAACAAAGGACAACAGUCCCCCUUCACGGAACACAGUAACACAAACAUCCUGUCUCCGUCACUUCCCACUCUGUGGAGUCAAAACAUACACCGUCAUGUGAUAGACAACAAUCCCAUAGCUGCAACCACGGAGCAGGAAUUUUAACACUUUGCCCCAGCUUCUUUCUUCCCACUUAACCCUGUUGCCCCUUCAGCUUCCGACACCUCCUCUUCCCAGUCCGCUCCCUCAUUAGAAGAAGAAGAGUUUGGAUUUGAUAUCCCCUUUAUCACUACCCGAAGGAGUCUCAAAGCGGCUAACAAUCUCCUUUCCCUCCCUCCCACACAACAAACACUCUGUGAGGUGAGUGAGGCUGAGAGACAUCAGAGAAGUGUGACUAGCCCAAGGUCACCCAGCAGCUGCAUGUGGAGGAGCGGAGACGCGAACCCGGUUCACCAGAUUACGAGUCCACCGCUCUUAACCACUACACCACACUGGCUCUGUAAUUUAUAAGACUGCAAGUGAAGAUCUCAUACUGUAUCAUUGUUUUCCGUGUGUGACAUUUAUUCUGUCCACGAUGUUUCUUCCUGUCCUUGUCUGUCAGUCUUAUUCCCUGUUGUUGCUGCACGCCAUCACGCUCCUUCUGCCCAUCUUCAUCCCACCACCAACCCUCUGCUUCUGAGCUUUCUUCCCUUGGGGAUUCCCCAGCUGAUGCCUUCUUCCACUCCUCUACAGCCAGCCAGUCCAGGACACCCCAUGCAAAUACCGUAUUUUUCGCUCUAUAAGACACACUUUCCCCCCUUCAAAAAUUAAGGGGAAAUGUGUGUGCGUCUUAUGGAGCGAAUACAGGCUCCUUGGCUUCAGCGAUAGCAACGUGAAGCCUCUGAAGCACAGAGGGAGCGCUUCCCCCGCGCUCCAGAGGCUUCGCGUUGCUUUCGCUGAAGCCGCCUGAAGCCCCCGGAGCGCAGUGGGAGUUCCCACUGUGCUCCGGGCAAUUCAGGCAGCUAUCCGCAAGCCUUUGGAGCUCAGCAGGAGUUCCCGCUGCGCUCCGAAGGCUUGCGGAUAGCCGCCUGAAGCCUGGAGAGCAAGAGGGGUCGGUGCACACCGAUCCCUCUUGCUCUCCAGGCUUCGCUUCACUGGAGAGGCGCUGCACAGUUUCCCCUCUCUGCGCAAUGCCCCUUCAGCAAAGCGGGAGGAGAAAUGGAAGGGGCUCCGUUUCUCCUGCCGCUCCGCUGAAGGAGCGCUGCGCAGAGAGGGGAGAAUUUUUCCUCCCUGUUCUCCCCUCCUAUGGUCCGGUACGUCCUAUAGAGCGAAAAAUACGGUACCUGCUUGGGCCCUGAACAAUCCUUGCUUUCGGCCUGCUGCUCCUUAGUCAAGCACCAGGCAAAGCUUCUCCUUCCUAGGAGCCCAUUGCCAUUCUCUCACCCUCAAAACUACCCCUGCCAGGCAGAACAAGCCGCUCUUUGCUGGACACCAAGCGAGUGGCCUUUGUUGGAGGCUGAUGGGUAGCCGUGUGCGACAUCAGACUGAAGCUUCCCUCUUUUCUUCUUUCCUCUUUCCAGGGAGCUCAAGUUGCGGAAUUACACUCCGGAAGACGAAGAACUCAAGGGGCGGGUGGUGCCCAAAGCGAAGCCCGCCUCAGGUGAGUGGGCAUCCAGAACCUCUUCUGAAACGGACCACAGCAUCUUUCUUGCAACAUCGGCCAACCAGGUGCCUUCUUGGGAAGCCCACAAAGAGAGUCAGUUUAGUGUAGAAGUUGUCGAGUGUUGGGCUAGGACCCGGGAGACCAGAGUUCAAAUCCCUACUGACCUUGGGCCAGCCCCAGUCUCAUAGCCGAUCUCGCAGGGUCGUUGCGAGGAUAAGAUGAGGAGGGGGCAAACCCUGCACACUACGUUGAGCUCCUUGGAGGAAAAAGGUGGGAUAUAAACACAAUAAGUAAGAAUAAAAGAGAACACACAUAGGAAGAAUUUCUCCUUGCCUCUCAAAUAUCAGUUGUUUGCAGGCAGCAAAAGACACUCCUGUUUGGUUCUCAAGGCACAUAGCAAGAAACUCCUACGUACAGUAUUUUCGCUCCAUAAGGCGCACUGGACCAUAAGGCGCACCUAGUUUUUAGAGGGGAAAUCAAGAAAAAAAAUCUUAUCUCCCCCCCGCCCCAAAGAGCAGCGAACAUUCUUCACGCAGCCUGUCCGCUUCUCCCAGAGGUUCUGGGGCUGCCGGGGGAAGCCCGGGUCCCCCCCCCCAGCCCCAAAGAGCAAAGAAGCCAAGACAGCGAGCAGGAUCUAUCUCGCUUGCUGUCUUGGCUUCUGCCAUAGCUGCACGCAGCCUCUCCCAGCUGGAGGGGCUGCGCAUGGCUAUGGCAAUUCCCCCACCUCCCGCAAAAGCCCACAGGAGCCGCGCACCCUUUAAGGAGCGCACGGCUCCUGUGGGCUUUUCUACGAGGAGGGAGAAGGGACUGACUGGCCACGUCAGUCCCUUCUCCCUCCUGGGGAAAAGCCCGCAACAGCCGCACGGAGCUUGUGUGCGGCUCUUGGGGGCUUUUCCAGCCUGCCUCCCCCCUGCAUUCGCUCCAUAAGACACACACACAUCUCCCCUUACUUUUUAGGAGGGGAAAAGUGUGUCUUACGGAGCGAAAAAUACGGUAGUUCUCCAGGCAGAUCCAAGGAAGUCCUUCAGACCGAGUUUAGCUAAGCUAUGAAAUUUGCUGUUGCAGGAGGCAAUGAAGACCACCAACCUAGAUGGCUUUAAAAGAGCGUUGGGCAAAUUCAUGGCGGAGGAGAGGGCUAUUGAUGACGAUUCUCUGCCUCCACUGUCAGAGGCACUGAUGCUUCUGAAUAUCACUUGCCAUUGGCAUACAUCCAGAAGGCUCUGUUUACAUUCUUUGCCAUUGAUUAGACUUCUCAUUCAGGAAUUUGGCUGACCCUGUCCAAAACAAGGACUGCGUCUCUGCAGAGUUGCUUCUAACCUGACCUUGGGGAGGAAGAAGACACUAUGAACCAGAACAGAUAAGCUUGCAGAAGUGAUCAAAGCACUUCACGAGGGCCCUGCCAGACAUAUUUGAGGAUUGGUCCUUCCUUUUCUGAACAUGGGAAUUAAGGGUACACCUGUGUCUCACCCGCCAACUGGCUUUUUGUGUCUUUCCCCCAAGGCGUUUUGGGAAUUGUAGUACCGCUGGAGAACUAGGGUCCUCUGGCAGAAAUCUUAGUGUCUUAGAGACUUAGAGUUGGAAGGGGCCACAAGGGUCAUCUAGUCUGACCCACCAUUGUGGGGUUCUAACCUGCGACCCUGAGAUUAAGAGUCUUACUCUCUGCCGACUGAGCUACUUGAGUCUUGCCGUGGCAGCUGAAGUUUGCGCCCUCGGUUCAUCUGAUCAGGGAGGGAUUCCAGUUGAGGUUCUUAAUGACUAGGCCAGCGUUGGCCAACCUGGUGCCCUCUCCAGGUGUUUUGGACUACAACCCCCAUUGGCCCUAAAGGUAAAAGGACUCCUGACCAUUAGGUCCAGUCGUGGCCGACUCUGGGGUUGCGGCGCUCAUCUGGCUUUAUUGGCCGAGGGAGCCGGGGUACAGCUUCCGGGUCAUGUGGCCAGCAGGACUAAGCCGCUUCUGGCGAACCAGAGCAGCGCGCGGAAACGCUGUUUACCUUCCCACCGGAGUGGUACCUAUUUAUCUACUUGCACUUUGACGUGCUUUCGAACUGCUAGGUUGGCAGGAGCAGGGUCUGAGCAACGGGAGCUCACCCCGUUGCGGGGAUUCGAACCGCCGACCUUCUGAUCAGCAAGUCCUAGGUUCUGUGGUUUAACCCACAGCACCACCCAUUGGCCCUGCUGAUGUCCAAAACAUCUGGAGAGGGCAUCGUUGUGCUCUCCAGCAUGCAUGUUGUUUAUCUCAUGCUUCCGCCAGGGACUCCCAGAGAACUUCUCUCCCUCUGCGACCUUCAGUGGACCUUAACUGUCCCUGCAAGCCCCCCCCCCCCAUCUUUCCUACCUUUGCUAAUAUCGCUGCAACAUCUUUCUGUCUCCUUCUGCCCCCUAGUGGAAGACAAGGUGAAAGAGCAGCUGGAGGCUGCGAAGCCCGAGCCCAUCAUCGAAGAAGUGGUAUGUCUUGGAAUUUUUGGUGCUUCAAAUGAAACUGUUUUUAAAAACCCCGCCUGUUUUGUUACAAAGCUGAUUAGUGGUGGCUCUUAACGAGGGAUUCUUUUGUGUUCCUCCCCUCUCCACUUUCCCAGGACUUGGCAAAUCUUGCGCCCAGGAAACCUGACUGGUGAGUGUGAAGCUCUGAAUGGCGUUUGCGGGGCGACUGCACAAAUUAUUUGGGGAUAAAAUGCCUGCAAGGUUGCUUAGCUUUUAUAUUAUUAGUAGUACAGUGGUACCUUGGGCUACAGAGGCUUCAGGUUACAGACUCCGCUAACCCAGAAAUAUUACCUCAGGUUAAGAACUUUGCUUCAGGAUGAGAACAUAAAUUGUGCUCUGGCGGUGCGGCAGCAGCAGGAGGCCCCAUUAGCUAAAGUGGUCUUCAGGUUAAAAACAGUUUCAGGUUAAGAACGGACCUCCGGAACAAAUUAAGUUCUUAACCUGAGGUACCACUGUAUUAAUAUUAGUGUACUGCCCUUCACCUGUGGAUCUCCGGGUGGCUCACAACAUAAAAAUACAAUAUUAAAAACACCAAAUACAUAAUAAAAAUAAGAGUAAGAACAAACCAAUAAGAUCCUCCUCCACAACAUAAUUAAAGGGGGGUUGGAUUAGAAACCUACCCCAAGUGCCACUGGAAGAUUCAGAAGAGACAGAGAAAGUACUUCUUCACACAGUGCUUUGCGGGUUUGUGCCAUUUUAAUAGAAGCAUGAGAUUGUAGAGCUGGAAGGGGAACCCCAAGGGGCAUCUAGUCCAGCCCCCCAGGAAGCGCAAUUAAAGAAUCUCUGGCAGAUAGCUAUCAAACCUCUGUUUGGAAACCUUCAAAUGAAGGAGAGCCCAGCACCUUCUGAGGGAGUCCGUUCCACUUUUGAGUCCUCUUACUGUCAGAAAGUUCUUCCUGAUGAUUAGUUGGAGUCACGUUUGAAUCCAUGCUUCCGGUCCUUGCCUCCAGAGCUCGCUCCAUCUUCCAUGACAGCCCCUCAGAUAUUUGAAGGUGGCUAAACAUAGUCACCUCCUCAUAAGGCUUGGUUUCCAGGCCCCUGAUCAUCUACACUGGCUCCCAGUACAUUUCCGAGCACAAUUCAAAGUGUUAGUGCUGACCUUUAAAGCCCUAAACGGCCUCGGCCCAGGAUACCUGAAGGAGCUACUCCACCCCCACUGUUCUGCCCGGACACUGAGGUCCAGCUCCGAGGGCCUUCUGGCGGUUCCCUCAUUGCGAGAAGCCAAGUUACAGGGAACCAGGCAGAGGGCCGCCUCGGUGGUGGCGCCUGCCGUGUGGAACGCCCUCCCACCAGAUGUCAAAGAGAAAAAUAACUACCAAACUAUUAGAAGACAUCUGAAGGCAGCCCUGUUUAGGGAAGCUUUUAAUGUUUAAUAGGUUAUUGUAUUUUAAUAUUUUGUCGGAAGCUGCUGGGUGGGGUAUAAAUAAUAAAUUAUUAUUAUUAUUAUUAUCUUGGUCACCCUCCUCUGCGCACGUUCCAACUUGUCAGCAUCCUUCUUAAAUUGUGGUACCCAGAAGUGGACCCAGUUCCUGGUGUGGUUUGACCAUGGUGGAACAGAGUGGUACUAUAACUUCCCUUGAUGUGGACUCUGGACUUCCAUGUUUCUGUACAUAAUAGCUCUGGGUGUUCAUUUAUUUUGCACCCGGAUUUUAUAGUGCAGUUCUUUGCCCUGGGCACUUUGGUUAAUCAAGUGUGUCAUAUAAAUCAAAAUAUUUCCUCAAGGGACUGACAAUUCAGCCCAACCGUUUCCUUCUCCUUUCUACUGAAGGGGUUUUCCGUUCUUCACAGCCGCCCAGCCUAGCCCAGAAGGAACCCUAGUCCUCUUCUGAUUUCCUCGCAGGUACUACUGCUACGUUGCCAAAGGAACUUGUAAUCCUGAGGCCAGAUAGGUGCCCUUCAGGGCCUUGGCCUCCCUGUCUCCUCCUUGGGCCUGGGCUCAUUUUGUUUCCAUUUCCCUCACUCCUCAGGGACUUGAAGAGGGACGUGGCUAAGAAACUGGAGAAGCUGGAGAAGCGAACCCAGAGGGCGAUAGCCGAGCUAAUAAGUGAGUGAGAGUCUGCGGGGAAAUGUGUGAAGCAGUGCUGGAGGCAUCCAUUGCAGUGAUGAGCAUCCCACAGGUCCCUUCGCCAUCUAGUUUUGGCUUUCGCUCAGCCCUCUGCGCCUCCCCUUGUCAUCCUGGUGUCCCUGCCCCAUUCCAUAGGAAGCCGCCUUAUACCGAGCCUGACGGCUGGUCCAUCUAGCCCAGUUUGGUCUACACUGGCUGGCAGCUGCUCUCCAGGAUUUCAGGCAAGUGUUUCUUCCAGCCCUACCUGGAGAUGCCAGCAGGGGUUGAAUCUGGGACCUGCUCCUUACAGGACAGAUGCUCUGAGUUGCAGCCCUUCCCCAGGGAAACCUAGCUCAGCUUGAAUUCCAAAUGUGGAUUCUUGGCAGGCCAAGAGGCAGAGAUGAGUCAGGUUGGCAAAGAAGCCACGAUGCCUCCUCCUGCUGCUGCAACAAGCUCCCCAUGUGUCACAGGACCAGGAGAGGCGUGAAGUGGGAGGAGCAAAGGCAGGCACUCCUGUGCAGAUCCUGUAUUUCUAAGAAAGAGUUAACGUCACUGGUCCUGAAAGACCUACAUUGGCUCCCAGUACGUUUCCAAGCACAAUUCAAAGUGUUGGUGUUGACCUUUAAAGCCCUAAAUGGCCUCGGCCCAGUAUACCUGAAGGAGCAUCUCCAUGCCCAUCGUUCUGCCCGGACGCUGAGGUCCAGCUCCAUGGGCCUUCUGGUGGUUCCCUCCCUGUGAGAAGCCAAGCUACAGGGAAUGAGGCAGAGGGCCUUCUCGGUAGUGGCACCCGCCCUGUGGAACGCCCUCCCAUCAGAUGUCAAAGAGAUAAACAACUACCUGACAUUUAGAAGACAUCUGAAGGCAGCCCUGUUCAGGGAAGUUUUUAAUGUGUGACAUUUUAAUGUAUUUUUAAUCUUUGUUGGAAGCCGCCCAGAGUGGCUAGGGAAGCCCAGCCAGAUGGGUGGGGUACAAAUAAUAAAUUAUUACUAUUACUACUACUACUAUUACUACUACUACUACUACUACUACUACUACUAUGUGGUGUGGUUUACUGUGGACAACAGUUGCUGAGUGGUGUUUCUGUUUCCCUCGCAGGAGAGAGGCUAAGAGGCCAGGAGGAAGAUCUGGCGUCAGCGGUUGACUCAGCAAAGCAGGAGGGAAGCGAUUCGGACUGAGGCGGCCUGUCCGGCAGGCUCUCCUUUGCCCUUGGUUGCCCUAGUGCGAAGCUUCUCUGGCUCUGUGCUGGAUGCAGGGCUGUGGAACGAGGGGACGAAACACGCUUGACACAAAUCGGCAGAAUGCAAGGGCUUGCCUGGUGUUUACGUCUUCUCCAGGCAGGCUUUUGCUUGGGGGUGUUCCUGGCAAGCAAACGAGUGGGGCAGAGGACUUUUCUCAUGCAAGGGAGAACCAGGAAGAUGGCCAAAAGUAGGAGCCUGCAGAAGUGGGUCACAAUCGCUUACAGAACUGUGUCCCUGUGGAUACCUGCAGUACAACAGACAUAUCUGAAGAGGACCCAGGGAAAACCUCACCCAUCCCCAAAAAAAAUCAUAACAUGAAAUGCUGCGUAUUAAAUGAAAUAGGAAAUUCUCCCUCUUGGAUUUUCAUAAUGCAAAAGCACACAGGUGUUUAGAGAGUCCUCUGUCUCUUGCAGGCCAAUUCCAGUAUGCUUGGCAGACUUCCUUGAAGUGUCCCAGAAAGUCAUGUUGGGGAAGAGGCUGACUUGAAUGUAGCUUAUCCAUAUAUCAAAGGGAGUUGGUCUCAGGGCAAGGACCCUGGAUUCUGCAAACAAGCUCGCCUCUGGCAACUGCUGAUGGGCCUGUAGUUAGAUCUAGCACAGAUUUUCCAUGUGUACCUGUGUUUCAAAGGCUUCAAAAUCCCCAGCCCAGCAGCUGUGAAGUGUGGCGCUGCAGGAGACACCCAGAAAUGCAACAGAAAGCUCUUUGCAAAGUUUCCAUAGGAAGUCCCCGGCGCAUUUGCCAAUAAUCUUCUCUCGAAGGCAGUUCCCUACCAGUAAUGCCACGCCUCGACCUUGCGAAAGAACAUAGCUGUCAACUUUUCCCUUUUCUUGCGAGGAAUCCUAUUUGGAAUAAGGGAAAUUCCCUUAAAAAAAGGGAAACGUUGACGGCUAUGCGAAAGAAACACGAGACCCUCGUGCUCUUGGCUGACACAGGACCCCCCCUCCUUCCUCCAGUCCUGUGCGUGCCGCAGCCUAAGCGAAGACCCUUGCAGUUUGUGGCACGAGAUUUCGGGUGGAGAAUUUGAGGCUUGGCAAAAGAGCAAGAUUGCUUUGAAAAUCCAGCCCAGGAGCCCUCCCUUGCGGGAAUUAUUGGCUGUGAUCGGGGAGUGUGUCAGGGUUUUUCCAGGGGGAACCAGGCCUUAAGGCACUGGGCUGCCUCUUGUGGCCAAGACCCACAGUUCUGUAAGUGGUUGUGGUUGGAAAGGCCCUGUCCUGUACCCCAGAUCUCUAACCCCUAUAGAUAAGUUGUUCUUGCUGCUAUCUGCUUGCAAAACAUCACCUGAGUGGCAGUCCCACUUUAGCAUAAGUCUGCAGAGCCACAGACCAACCAGUUCUGAGCACAUCCGACACGGGGCAAGGCAGCAGGUGUCUCCUGGAACAGUUUUGUGGCCAGGCCACUUCCUUGUGGGUUGCUAAAAUAACAACCUCUCUGGCAUUGCCGCCUGGGAUGUUAAUAUUUCAUUCCGACAUGUUUUCAGAUCCGCCCGUCUGCUCCCAACUUUGAAAAGUCGAUGCCACUCCUUGUGGCCAUCUUCCUGUUCUUUAAUCGAUUCGCCUCCAGUCGUGCAGAGGUUUUUUAAAAAAAUAAUAAAAUGUUCUAUAGAUAA